UUUUCUUCUAGUUCCCUUAGUUAUUAUAUAAUUUCCCUUUCAGAUAAACAUGCCUAAAAUCGCUGCCUCAGACUCCAAGUCCUCCCACGAUGAACUACCAAGAAGAUAUCAUGCUUUUCCAUGCAGAAUAUGUAAGCGUCCACAUCCGUUGCGAACAUGUAGAACUUUUUUGUCGAUGAACAUAAAUGAUCGCAUUCAUGCAGUCCGUAAGCACAAAUACUGCUCAAAUUGCUUAGCUCAUGACCAUUCGCAUGGCAUAUGCUUUUCGAAGCGCGGGUGCAAGCAUUGUCAUAAGUUCCACCACACCCUCCUUCACGUGAAUCCACGUCUCAUAAAAGACUUACUGACUCGCCGCUCAAGUUCCCGUUCGCCCUCUCCACAACCUUCAACUUCGAGAAAAAGUAACUCUUCGUCCAGGAGUAAAGCCUCGUUACCUUCGACUUCCAAAAGUAACUCUUCGUCCAGGAGUAAAGCCUCGUUACCUUCGACAUCCAAAGCCACAUCGCUAACAUCUAUCCUGCGGCAAAAUACAAUAGUGCUUCUACCAACCGUCCUUGUUAAGGUUUCUUCUAAUCAUACAAGAUGCUUACUGGACUCAGGAUCAACGGUUAGCAGAGUUUCAAAACGGUUCGUUGACAAAUUGAAUUUAACAGCAUUCAGCCUACGCGAAGAAACGUUUUGUCCAAUCGUUCUCAAAUCGCGAUUCGAUCCGAGUUCAAAAAUAGAAGGAACCUUUAGGGUAGAUAAUCGAAUAACACUCCGAACUCCAUCAGAAUCCCUUCCAGAACACUACAAAACCCAUUUCCGCGAUAUGUUCCUCGCCGAUUCGAAAUUUUAUGAAUCUUCUUCAAUUGACAUAGUAAUUGGUGCUGAUCUUUAUCCAAAGAUAAUUCUUGAAGGUGUUUUUUCGAAACCUGGUUUGCCUUCUGCUCAAAGCACUAUAUUCGGGUGGACUAUUUAUGGUCCAUGUUCUUUGUAAUCUUGAAAUGCACUUUUAGGCAUGCAAAAUACGAAACGUAUUUAUAUAUUAUUUUUCUCUUCAUUUCAUAUAAUAAAUUGAAUUGUUAAUUACUUUAUUAUUUGCAUAUUUGUAAUCUAGUACAUAAGCAUUUGAAUACCAGUAAAAUUGAAUUGUACACAUAUUAAGUUUAAGUUUGAUAUUCUUUCUUAAUUUUUUUCACAGCAGUAU